CGACUUUUUGGUCGGGUGCCCAUGUGGUUUCCUCCAGUCGGCAAAGCGGCUUAUUUUGAAUCGAAUCGUCUCUUUUUGCUUGCUCCCACGACACGACACGUCCAAGUCUUUCGCUCUCGUUUGUCUGUCACACUCAAAAGCGAAUCCCACUCACGUCCUGCAAGCUCACAAGGUACAGAGACAAAACGUCGAGCUCGACACGAUAGCAGCGAUGACUUCUCACGAAUGGCGCGCUAGAGCGAGCUCGCCGGACGGCGGCAGCUCUACCUCUACCGCGAGCGCGACGGAUACGCAAGGUUCGUGGGAACGUAUCCAGCCAGAGAUGAGCAGAAAGAGAGCGGCGGAAGAGGCUGCGGAGGAUGUGAGGAGCAUACAUUCGAGCGAAUUUGGUGCGCGAAGCGAAUCGGGAGGCGACGGCGACGGCGACGGCGAGACUGGACGGAGCAUGGCUGGAGAAAGUGUGCAGCUGAUCCCACCUGUGGAGAGGAUGGAUCUCUCAUCUGCGGAGGAGGCGCAAGCUGCUGCUGCUUCACGGCGAUCCUCCGAGGGUUCGAAUGGCGAUCGCACGCUGGACGCCGCAGCAGAAGCAAGAAGCACACUCGAGAGCAGCAGCAGCAGCAGCAGCAGCAGCGCGGCGCAACCUGCCUCGAUGAUGGAUCCUUCGCCUACGCCCCCACCCCCCAACGAAGCGACCGCAAGACGCAUGGAAGAGAUUCGAGAUCAGCUCGUCAGUCUAUUGACCAAGCAUCAAGCUCCUCGUGCAGUGCUUCCCCCGUCGGGCAUGGACGCGUCCACGCCGACUGGCGACAACGGCUCAAACCACACCUCGAGAUCUGGCGCUUCCACGCCCACCCAAUCCGGCAUAGCGGCGGGACGCUACACUUCUUCCGAAGUUUUUGGCGGAGCAGCCAUAUCCAUCGCGACUCAAAACAGCCAGCGAGGCCCAUCAGCAACGCACGGAGCAGCGUGCGAAAUGUGCGGAGAGAACCUCAGAUCGUCCAUCAGAUGGGUGUGCUUGGACUGUCCUGGUGGAAAGUGGAACGCUUGCGAUGAGUGCUUUGGAAUGGUGGUGGAUGAGAAUCAUCCUCACCAUACGUUUGUCAAGGUGAUGGGAGCCAAGGAUGUCUGGAGACCUCAGCAGCAAACUCAAUUGGGAUCCAGAACGCACCGCAAUGCUUCGUCAGUCAACGAGUAUGCAGAUCCAAAGACGAUCUUUCAUCUGGGUAUCAGUUGCUCAGCUUGUCAGGGCGCUAUCAUAGGUGCCAGGUACAGGUGCGCUACUCCGGACGAGGCAUGCAAAGGGGUCAAUCUGUGCGAGAAUUGCGAAGCUAGUCCUAUCGCUCCACAUCCACGCGACCAUCCGUUGCUGAAGUACAAGCUUCCCAUCGAUUCGUGCAAGGAGGUAGACCUUCUAGACAGGACAGCACUGGACGGAGUCAUUGCUGCUCUGCUGCAAAAUGAAGAGAACGAUCCGAUGGAACGCAAUAAAGUCAAUCCUCUCGCUCUGCUUGCAGCACCUUCCAGGUUCACACCAGCAGGUCGGGAUCCUGUCGAGCCCUCCAUCAGCGACUCUUCUGCAGAAUGGCAGGAAAUUCCUCCUAGCGCCGCUCCGACACGUCAAGAGGCAGACCCUCGGCGAACACUUGUUUGGCAAGCGCAAAUGAUAGAAGAUGGAGAGACACCGUGGGGAAGCUCGGUACAACCGGGCGCGAUCUUUGCCAAGUCGUGGAAGGUGCAAAUCCCGGACGAGUCACCAGCCUGGAGCAAGGGAGCACGUAUAGCGCGUCAAAGUAUGCCGACCCUUUCUCGACCCGACAGUCAUACGCUUCGGACGGUAUCGGACGCCACGAUCUGGCCAGGCAGCGUGAUAACCAUUACGCUCUGGAAUUUGAGAGCUCCAGAGCUUCCAGGCACAUACGAAGAGAGCUGGAGAUUGGUGGACAAUACGCUGACGGGCAACAAUUUCGGAGAUCCUUUGAUCGUGCGGAUCCGAGUGCAGCCUUAUGCGCAGACCGCGCAGCAAGAGGCGAAGCAGGUCGAUGCGGAGAUGACGGCUUCUGUGCAUAUCAAGUCUGAGCCGCCAGGAAAUCGGCCUUGCGGACCUGCUCACAGGCCCAUGAGCAAGUCCACGUAUGGGCUAGCACCUUUUCAGGCCACGAUUCUCACCUCCACCAGCAGGUGGGGUCCCAACGAGAAUUACACCGAUGCUUGGAAACCUCGCAUGGUGCCUGAAGGAGCGACGAUAGCGCACAGUUGGCAAAUCAGAAACUCCUCCACUCGCUCUUGGCCCUUGAUAGACGCCAAAGGUCCAACGAACAACAUCCGACCAGACUCGUCCACCCUUGCCCACACGCUUUGGGGACGCACUCUGCUCUUGCUAAGGAAAAGCACCCGAUCGGCUCUGUGUUGCGAUACGGACGAUGCGAGCUUCUCGAUUCCUCAAAAGACGCUUUCGCCAGGUCAAGAAGCUUGCAUCACCAUUCGAGGAUUGAAGCUUCCCGCCUUUCCCACCAGCGAGAUGAUGAGCACCGUAUUGGUCGAAGAGACUUGGCAACUCGUCACCAGCGACGGCAUGGAGAUUGGCGAAUCGCUGUUGAUCAGUCUGUUCAUGCGCAAAAACGAGGUGAAAGAGGGCCAAGGCAAGGGUCAAGGAAAGAACAAAGGCAAAGCAGCGCAGGUGGAGGGGGAGGACUUCGAGAUGGACGGUCCGCAUAGCCAUUCUCUGCCGCCGCCGCCAUCUGCUUGACCACAGAGCACCCCUUCAACUUUUGGUAUUUUUUUUUUUGCGUGCUGGUGAGAACGUGCCGUACAGAGCGUAGCAGAGCUCGCCACGCUCCGCAAAUCACAGAUCCGUGCUCUCCUCUCACUGUACAUACAUUCCUUGCAAAGAUGUGUAGCUAUACGAGGUUCCUUGUCAUUCCCUUCUCCAAUCUCUUCCCAUCUUACACCGCAUUGUGGAGAUCGUAGCCGCCACAAGAUCUGAUCAGGGUUCCCGUUCCUGCGCAAUGCGAGCCUGAUUUGCGCCGAUGCGCUCGGGUCGUGCUGCGCGCGUACGCCAAGUUGAAACCUUGCGAAGCUCUGUCGCUCUGCUGCGUCGGCUCUCCUUUUAGCUCCUUUCGGAAAUGCACACACACCCCACUCGUCGGAGCGUCAUGUUGCGAAGCGCAUGUAGCCUGCGCAGUCGACCCGAUGCAUCUGUGCGAAAUUC